AAAGUUCUACUUCCUUUGCGUACCUUCUCUUUUUCUUCCUCUACAGAGUACUUAAAAACACAAACAAUGGGUUUCCGCUUGCCUGAAGUAGUCAACGGCGCUAAGCAACUUAUGAGGAGGUCCUCUUCAGAUGUUCCAAAAGGCUAUUUGGCAGUUUAUGUUGGUGAUGAGAGCAAAAUGAGGAGGUUUGUAGUCCCUGUAUCGUACCUGAAUCGUCCCUCCUUCCAAGAGUUGCUGAAUCAAGCUGAAGAAGAAUUCGGAUUUGAUCGUCCAAUGGGAGGCCUUACAAUUCCCUGCAGAGAAGAUACCUUCAUUGAUCUACUUUCUUGCUUGGGCGCCUCAUGAUGGGGCAGGCACUAAUAGAUGACAAUUGCUAACGAAAAUCAUUUGUUAUGUUUUUAUAAGGCAAACAAUGCCAUUACACAAAAGUCAAUUUUUUUCCUUGGGGGCUGAAAACAAACUGUCCCUAAGAUUGAUACAAAUGAAUACAAUUGCAAAUUCUCUUCAAUAACUUGUUCCGAGCUUUUAUCUUUUUAGAUUCUGAUGCAAAACUCUCGUAAAAUUUCUUGUCCUAAAUUCGUUUGUAACAGUGGCAAUUGCAAUCCUCUC